CCGUCACACAUUAAUACAAAACAAACUAUAAAACCGUUAACCCUAUUGUUUACCUACCUCUAAUUUUUCAAAUUACCUUUUACACCUACUGUAUUUCGUUUAUUAUUAAUAAUAUAAUUAUAAGGAAUAUUCUUAAUUUUGCACUUACGUAGUAUAAUUAUGUUCUCGAAAGCAAAACGUUUUGAACCACCUGCACUUCAAAAAAGUCAGUCGACUGCAAAUGCACAAAAAAAGCAUGAUAAUGAGAAACUCAAACCAGUUAAAACGCCUGUACACACUGUUCCUGUCAAGCCAAAAAGCUCUACCUCUGUAAAAGCACCAGAUUCACAAUCCCAAUGCAGCUCAACGCGAAGUGUUACAUCAUUUGUCACACCAAAGCCAAAGUCAUCAGUUUUAGUACCAAAUAAUAAUAGAAAACCUUUUGGAUCUUCUACAAAGAGUAACUGCAACAAAAAUGAUUAUAAAGCAAAAGAUGAGAUUAUUAAGACACAGGAGGUUGAAAUCAGAAACAAGGAUCACACUAUAGCCGAAUAUAAUAAACAAAUUGAAGACUUAAAAAAUAAAAUUGGUAUCUUACAAAAACAAUCUAAAGAACUAUCAAAAUACUCUAAAGCUUUUGAUAAUUUGGACAUAAAAUUCUCUCAGAUAACUUUGUAUGAAGAAGGAAGUUCGAGAAGUGAAAAGAGUAAAUUUGAUACAACUGAUUAUAACAGUUUAAUUAUUGACUUAAAACAGAAAAUAUAUGAAUUGGAACUUCAGUGUGACAGACUAGAUCAAGAAGUUAGUAGUAAGCAAGUAGAAUUAUCAUCUCUCGAAGAAGUCAUUGCCAUCAGGGAUAGUUUGUGUAAAGAUUUGCAAGAGAAAUUGACUAAUAUGGAGAAUUCCUUAGAUGAAAAUCGUCAGAGACUUGAAAUGGUUAAGGGGCAUCAUGCUCUAGCUUUGGAAGCAAAUGAAAGUAUCAGAAGGGAAUAUAAAGCAGAACUUGAGACUCUAAAGAGUAAAGCAGAAGAGGAAAAACAGUCAAUUAUAAGUAAAAGCAAGUCAGAACAAGAAAGUAUUAAAUCAAAAUAUAAUGAAUGGAUUGAAUCUAUCAAAAAUCAAUUGAUGAAAGAGAAAGACGAAGCAGUUUUUGAACUUCAACAAAAACUUACCACAAGUGAUCGUGAAAUGAAAGCUAAACUUGAACAAAUCAAUGAAGCUACACAUGAAAAACUAAGAUUAUGUGAGAUUCAAUUUGAAGAACGUACCAGAAACAUACAAGAAGAGUGGUUACAACAAAAAUCCAAAGUAAUUUAUUUGGAAAAGGAAAUAAAAGAUCUAAAGUAUAAUUUAAAUCAUGCUGAAGACCAAAGUGAAAUUUUACAGAAGGAAAUCACCAAUUUGAAAAAUGAAAAUGAUUUGUUAAAAGUGGAUAAAAUAAACAUAAUGAAAGAAGCUGAUGAACUUAAAGAAGAAACUAAGAAGAAAGUUAUUAAUUUUGAAAAUGAAAUAAAUAGGCUUACAGUGGAAGUUGACAGAGCAGCUAAAGAAAAAAAGAAAUAUGAAAUGUCUUUGUCAGUCACAAGAGAUAUAGUACAAGUUUUAACAAUGCGCUUAAGAGAUACUGAUAAUGAAUUGGAACUGUUGGAGGGCAAAGUUCAGACUUUGUCAAGUUCUAAGGAAUUGCUUGAUAAUGAACUUACUAAGUACAAAACUAAACUUAACAACACAAUUUUAGAAUGCAGUGAGUACAAAGAGGCAUUAGUAAACAUAUUGAAAUCUAAAGCUGCACUUGCCAAGGAACAUAAUCGUAUUAUGGAACACAAUGUAUCUUUAAUAGAAAGUUUGCAAAAUGUUGAAAUAGAGGCUUACAGAGAACUUGGUUCUAUAAAAAAUGAACUUAUAGAAGAUGUGGAAUUGUUAAAAAAAGAAUCCAAUUCUCAAAUCCAAAUGCUUCGUGAUGAAGUGGAGAAGAAGCGAGAACUAUGUAGAUUGGCACAAGAGCAUGCAGAUCAAGCUACAACAGCGGCAGAACAAUCUCGUUCUUUAUUAGGUCAAGCUGCUGCAGAGAUUACCCGGCUAGAAACUGAAAACCAACGCUAUCAGCAACAGAUUCAAGACCAACAAUCGCUAGUAGUUGAGUUGUCUCUGCUACGUCAGGAAAAUGAAGAACUUACCAUGAGUAUGGCGAAACAGUCUUCAUUAUUCGAUAAAAUGAAGAAAGAUAUGGAACAAAAUCAGCCACAACCAAAGUCGCCGUCAGUAAUAAGAAAAACAAAUAAAGUGGGCAAAGAGAAUAUGCAGUCUAUUCUCUCGCCUUUGAGAGAACGUAAUCACUAAUUUAAGAAUUGCUAAGCUUAUAAUCGGGUUAUUUUCACUGUUAUACAUAAACGUAACAUUUAAUUUAUUGUUUAAUUUAUUAAUCUUUUAAUGUUAUUGACAAACAAAAUUGUGAAUUUUUUAUGUUAGUGAUCGUUGUGU